AUGUUCAUUACUCAAUUGGAAUAUCUUUCAAAUGAAGUUUUUUAUGAAAUUUUUGAAUAUCUUGAUGGUUGUUUUGUUUAUAAUACAUUUUCAAAUCUUAAUAUUCGUUUCAAACAUCUUUUUAAUGAUUCACUUCUUCCACUCAAACUUAAUCUUUCAUGGACAUCGAAAUCAAUUUUUGAAAAUUAUUAUAAAUAUAUUAUUAUACCAAAUUUAAAUCGAAUUAUUUCACUUCAUAUACCAAAUCCAUUAGCAAUCAAAUCUUUUCUUUCAUUAUUUUCAAUUAAUAAUUCAUUUAAUCGACUUGAAUCAAUAAAUUUUGGUCGAAUGAAUGCUGAACAUGUUAUAUCUCUACUAACAUAUUUAAAAACAUUACCUUGUCUUUUCUCUUUAUCUAUAAAUAUUAAUAAUUCAAAAGAUAAUGCUAAUAAAAUUUUUCAAUUAAUUGUUCUUCUACCAGUUUUAAAAUAUUGUAAAAUUUCUUCAGACAAUGAAGAAUCGAUAUUUUCAAUACCAAUUUUAACUCGCAAAAAUGAACAACAAGAAAGUUCUAUUGAAUAUUUAAUUAUUAAUAGUGUUUGUGAAUUAAAUCAACUUACAACUAUUCUUUCGUAUACUCCACGACUGACUCAUUUAUCGUGUCAUUCAUUGCAUGUUGGUAAUGAUCAAAUACAAAUACCAAUAAUUGUAAUUAAUUUAAGAAAAUUAUUUAUUGAAUUAGAUGCAACACCAUUUCAUAUCUUCAAAUCAUUUAUUAGUAAAAUUUCUUUUCGAUUAGAAGAAUUACGUAUUUCAGCAAAAUAUGAAAAAACUUAUCUUGAUGCUAAACAAUGGGAACAAUUAAUUUCAUGUCAGAUGCCACUAUUACGUAUAUUUGAUUUUCAAUUUAAAAGUCAAUUAUGUGAUGAUCAAAUAAAAUCUAUUGAAUAUGAUAAAUUAAUUGAACAAUUUAAUACGAAAUUUUGGUAUGAACGAAAAUGGUUUUUUGCGUAUCAAAAUUGUCAUAGUGAUUAUGGACCUUUUAAAAUUGUUUAUUCCAUUAAUCCAUACAGAAGAAAUUAUUAUAAAUUAUAUGAACGUACAAUUGAUAAUCAUGAAAUAUCUACUUAUCAAGAUAAUUCUAUACAUUUAUGUCGUCAUGUUCUUAUUGAAAAUCAAUGGACUAAUAUUAAUUGUUCAAUUCGAUUUCCAUAUACAACUAAAUUAACUCUUAAUGGCGGUUUUGCUGAAAAUAUUCCAUUGUUAAUUAGCAGUCUUAGUAAUAUUAUAUCUUUAACACAGAUUACUGAUUUAGUUUUAGAAUAUGAUUAUUUAUUUAUGAAGAAGUUUCUUAUGUUACUUCAAUAUAUACCUAAUAUUAAUUCAUUGACUAUUCCUCAAACAGCUAUUAUACAAACACAUAAUGUAUCCACGGAUGAAAUUGAAAUAGUUCGUAUAAUAUCGAAAGAAAAUCAUAUUAAAUAUAUAUCUAUUAUUGAUCGAGAAUGUUGUACACUUAAACAACUUCGAUUUCUAUUCGAUUUAUGUCCAAAAAUAGAAUAUUUAACAAUAAAUCUAGCAGAAACUUAUGAAGAAUUAAUUAUGGAAUUUUUAAUAUCAAAAAUGAAAGAAAAUAAUUAUCGUUUUUUCUUAUUAUGUCUUGUUCGUUGGAAUGCAAAUAUUGAUAUGAUUAAAAAAAUUCAUUGGAUUAUUAAUCGUCAAAAUAUACUCGAUAAUUAUUCACUUGAACUUUUUAAAGGCAAUAUUUAUUUAUGGUGUUGA